AUGGGAACAGCAAGAGCUCGCGCUGCUCCAAGGGCACCAGCGACACCCACACAGCCUGUGGAGACGUCGCAGCACUUGCCCGACAAGACCUUCGUCAUCGACAAUGGCGCGUACAUGAUCAAGGCCGGCUACGCUUCUAAUGCGUCUUCUUCCGACGAACCCAUUUCCGCCUGCUCCUCGAUACCCAAUGCUCUCGUCAAGACCCGCGAUAAUAAAAUUGUCAUUGGCGCGCAGCUUGCGACUGUAACCGACUGGAAUGAGGCGAUGUUCCGGCGCCCGGUGGAGAAGGGAUAUAUUGUAAAUUGGGAGGCCGAGAGAGAGAUCUGGGACCAGUCUUUCUUUGAUGGGAAGCCGACGGUUCGGAACAAAAAUCACCACAUUGGAGAGCCGGAGAACACUACCCUUAUCCUCACUGAGGCGCCGAAUGCUUUGCCUAUCUUACAAAAGCAUACAGAUGAGAUGGUUAUGGAGGAAUGGGGCUUCGGAGGAUAUGCCAGGUGCUUAGGUCCGACACUCAACGUGUGGAACGAAAUUCACUCUCUCUUCGGCGAUCCUAUCUCCAAUACUUCCGAAGCAGCCAUCCUGCCCGCAGAUUGCUUACUGGUCGUCGAUUCUGGCUACUCGCAUACCACAGUGACCCCGGUGUACAAAGGCCAGGCUCUCCAACGCGGAGUGCGCAGACUUGAUCUCGGAGGCAAGCACCUUACGAACUAUCUGAAAGAGAUUGUGUCAAUGCGACAAUACAACAUGGUGGAUGAAACAUAUAUCAUGAACCAAGUCAAAGAGGCAGCUUGCUAUAUAAGCAAUGACUUCUCAGGGGACCUGGAAAAAACAUGGAAAGUCGGCAAAAAGCGCCAGACUGCGGCCGAGGAGGGUAUUGUGGUUGAUUACGUGCUUCCGAAUGCGAAUAAGAAGGGCUUCAUGCGACCGCACGACCCCCUUCUGCAAGCCAAAAAGAAGAAGGGAGCACUUUCUGGGCUCGACGCGGAGGUGCUGUCAGAGGACGUACUGGUACUGGGCAAUGAGCGCUUCUCUGUCCCGGAGCUUCUGUUCACGCCGGGAGACAUCGGUAUGCAGUCGGCUGGCAUUCCUGAUAUGAUUCUUCAAUCUCUGUCGGUCCUGCCUACCGGCCUGCACGCUGCCUUCUUGGCGAAUGUUCUUGUUGUCGGUGGAAAUGCCUUGAUCCCUGGGUUCAUGGAACGACUGGAGACUGAAUUGCGACAAAUCGCCUCUGCUGAAUGUGUAGUGAGGGUGCGUCGGGCUAAAGAUCCUAUUUACUCAACGUGGCUUGGAGGCACGCGCCUCGCUACCAACAGAGAGGAACUCCGGAAGGUGUCCAUCACCCGCCAAGAGUAUCAGGAGCACGGGUCAGGAUGGGCCAUUCGACGGUUCUCUGGUCUUGUAUGA